ACACACUAGCAGACCGUUGAGCGGUGCUUCCGAGGAAUAGCGAAUCUUUAUAUCUAGUUGGAGCGCAACGAAUUGUUUGCCAAGCUGACGCAAAUGAAGCUGCCCGCGAUCGUUGCGUUAUUGCUGCUGGCUUUGCUGCCGCUGGCUAGGGGCGAGGCCAAUGAUACCACUAAGGAUAAAAUAGUGCUGCAUACACAGCUGCAAAACUAUGAGCAACCAACGUUGCGCGACUUCGAAGAAUGCCACAAGAAUCGCGACCAAUGCUUUGAGGUCUGUCAGGGUACAGCGGAUAGCGAGAAGUGUGAGCUGGAGUGUCCACUGUGCCCCGAGCUGAGGGAUCAGCCACUGCUGGUGCAGGGCAUCAACGAUACGAGCUUUGUGCCGCCGGCACAGACCGCGCUGAACACCACCAAUAUUAUAAAGCUGACCAAUGAGAUACAUAAUGUUAUCAAAAACGAUUUACGUGCACGCAAUGAGAUUAACGUAACGGUGCAGCAAAAUGUCUCGCAAGUGGGCGGACGCUUUGGCCUGGGCUACAGUGAGCUCGGCUCCUGCUGCUACGUAGUGCGGCACAACAGCGACUGCGAGCAUAAGGAGAACUGCAAGGAGCACUCACGCCAACGCGUCUGUGGUGAACGUUGCCAGGCGCGUGUCAUGAUUGCCAAGCGUGUGGUGCAAUGCGAUGCCAAGCAAACCGAUGACUGCCAUGAGACCGUGGAAUAUGUGCCCGCACGCAAACACAGAUCCAAGGCUCACAGACAACAGCAGCAGCAACUCUGCGCCUGGCCCAAUGUCAAUUGCAAUGGUGACGCUCAAGCUCAGAACAACGUGCGCGUCAAGCGUUCCUGCAGUCGCUGCUUGAAGCUUAGCUUUGAGUACAUCUUGCAACACGGCUUGCCAGCAAACUGCUCUCCAGCCUGCUUUCAGGGCCUGGCGCCUUUGAUGCCCAUCUCCAUGCCCAUGCCUAUGUAUUAUAUGCCCAUGGCCUAUGGAAUGCCCCAGUAUGGCUACAAUGCACCAUAUCAGCUGUGGCCGCAACAUGUGGACAAAACUGAGAAUACUGCUGAGAACGACGACAGCGAUUGGCAGCUAGAAACUGAAAAAUGUCUGAAUGACGCGGGUGUACUGGAGGAUUGUCCCACUAAGGCUGAUAAGCCUAAGCCUACACAAAAGCCUGAACCACCUGCUCACCUGGAGAAUGGCGAAUCUGCGGAUAAAGAACCAAUCGAUGAUGAGGAUAAGGAUUAUGUAGAAGUACAACGACGCAAGCGACGCAGACGUCAGAAUGAACGCAAGUUCAUGCGUUCCCUAUACAGUCAUCGCCAUGACAAACAGAGCUCUGAAUAAUUGCAAUCUAUCUAAUCUUUAUAGACAACUUGCUUUGGCCUACAGUUGGCGUACAUAAGAAAAAAGUGAUUGGCUCUUUGAAAUUUGAUUACGUAGCUUUAAUAAAUGCAUGGUAGUUUAAAAAUAUA